UCCGCCCCUUGUCUGCGGACGCUAACCGGAAGUCCCGCUUUUCGUCGUGAAGUGGGACAGCAAAGCGACUCUCUUCCAGUGUAUGUGUGGCAACAACAUGUCUGUGCCGCUGCUCGCCGAGGCUGUGACGGUGUCUGGGAACGAGAAGGAGACCGCGGCUGUGAUCUUUCUUCAUGGAUUGGGAGACACAGGGCACGGGUGGGCCGACACCUUGACGGGCAUCCAGCUGCCCCACGUUAAGUUCAUCUGCCCGCACGCGCCACGGAUUCCUGUCACUCUCAGCCGGAACCUCAUGAUGCCGGCGUGGUUUGACCUGAUGGGCCUGAGCCCAGACACCCCCGAGGACGAACCUGGGAUCAAAAAGGCAGCAGAAAACAUCAAGGCCAUAAUUGAACACGAGGCUAAAAACGGCAUUCCUCCCCACCGCAUCAUGCUCGGAGGAUUCUCUCAGGGCGGGGCGUUGUCCCUGUACACCGCCUUGACCUGCCAGCAUCAGUUAGCCGGCGUCGUGGCCCUCAGCUGCUGGCUGCCACUUCACAAGUCUUUCCCUUCGGCGUCGAACGGCUACAAGAACCUGCCCAUCCUGCAGUGCCACGGCGAGAAGGACGAGAUGAUCCCCGUGCAGUUUGGCGCUAUGACGGCAGAAAAGCUGAAAUGCAUAGUCACCCCGCAGAUGAUCACCUUCAAAACAUACCCAGGGGUGCCUCACUCGUCCUGCACUCAGGAGAUGCUGGCAGUAAAGGAAUUCAUCGAGAAGUACUUGCCUCGGAUCUGACCUCGCCGCCUCGAUCCGACUGUGACGCCCCCUCUUCCCCCUCGUGACACUGACCUCUCUCACCCUUGAUCUGUCGUUCCCCCAACAGGAAACAGCCAUGAGCACCCUCUCUUCCUUCCACACACUUUUGAGCUGCAUUAAUAAAUGGACAUUUGUCACAAACUAAUUGGAUGUAACUAAAGUGAUCUCACUCAUAAUGGGUAGCCUCUGGAGGGAGAAACACCACCUCACACGGAACAUUCCUGGUGAUUUAUCCUUGUUUUCAUCCACUGUCACCUUAUUUUGAUUUAGCUGUCUUCCUUUCCCUCCCCUUUUGAUGUUUUCUUAAUGCCGACUCGAAACCCUGCCACCCACCCCCCGUUACGUUGUUUGCGUCAUUGUCCGACAAGUUUGAAGCUGCGUAUUCCCGCUGGUUAAGCCCAUCUCCCUCCUUUGGCCACUUGGUGUCUAACCCACUGAUCAAGUUCAAAGCUUCCCAACAUGGCAACAGACGGAGAGAAAGGUAACCGGUGGGCGGUUCGACAAAGUGAAGAAAGUUAACCCUGAGCAGUUUGAUCUGUAAGGAGUCGUGUCAGUAAACAAAACUUUUCCCAGGUGUUUUUUUUUUUUUUACAUUUUCCUUUUCAGAUGUUGCUUUCAAUUUCCUCAUGUUCUUUAGUUUGCAAAGUCGAUUUGAAAAAGACGAGGACAGACAUCCGCGUUGAUUGUUGUUGACAAAUCAAUGAAUGUCUCUGUCGCGUCACAUAUGAAAUCAUGCAACCUGUGUUUGCUUUGUGUCCUCGUCAACUGCUGCCUCACUUCUUUCUUCUUCUUUUUUUUUGUCAGUGUGUGUGUGUGUGACACAUUCUCAUUUUCCUCAGUUGUAUGUUGUGAUUGGUUUGAAUUUUUACAUAUGUUUUUGUGUAACGGAACAUAUUUUUUUGUGUUUAUUUUGCCACUGUUGUCAUCUCAUCCUUUGUUGUUGCGUGUUUAUAUUGAUGAUUAUUCAGUAAAGUUAUGUUGUUUCCAAGCACCUGUAAUGCAGAAUAAAUGACAAGAAAAACGGUAAA